GCGAUCACGGGAGCUACAAGGUUUCUUAGACAAUAUUAAGAGAGGUCAAGAACAAGUACUUGGGGAUCUAUCAAUGACCUUAUGUGAUCCCUAUUCCAUCAACUUCUUAGCAACAUCUGCAAUCAAAAUUCUACAGCACCUUAUUAACAAUGAGGGUUUGGCCAGAGAUAAUACCAUUUUAAUUCUCUUACUGAGAAUGCUUGCCCUAGGACUUAGUGCAUGGGUCAUGAUCGAUUCCCAGGAAUUUAAGGAGCCAAAAUUAGAUAGCCAGGUUGUGACAAAAUUCUUACCAGCUCUCAUGUCUCUGAUGGUGGAUGAUCAGGUACGACAUUUAACAGCUCGUCUUCCCCCAGACGAGCGCGAAAGUGCUAUUACAACAAUUGAACACUCUGGUCCAGCUCCAGAUGCUGUGGAAGCGUAUAUACAAGAGAGUACAGUGGCAUCUAUAUUAGGUAUAUACUAUACAUUGCACACUGCUCGUCAGAAAGAUCGGGUUGGCAUUUUACGUGUCUUGACUAUUCUUGCAUGUUGUAAGGAUGAUCGAGCAUAUGAAGAUCCCUUUCUUCAUUCUGUUAUUGCCCUACUAAUUCCAAUGGCUGAAGAAUUUACCGCCGAAGAUUUUUGCACAGGACUUUUUGAUGAAUUUCUCUUUGCUAGACUCACAAGAGACAAUGUUACGCGACACAUGCUAAAGUUAUUGUGGUACAUCCAUAUCAAAUUACCAGCUGCGCGUCUCCAAACACUUCUCAAGGCACUCCAGCCAUCCUCUCAGCACCAUGAAAACGUACACAAAUUAUAUGACAAUCUACAAACACGGAUUGGGCUGGCAAUUCAGGAAAAUAUCGCGUCAGAGACUAUAGAUAUUGACUAUGAUUCACCUCUAAAAAGUGUUCCUACGCCAAAGCCUCAUUAUCUUUAGUUUUUUUUUUUAUGAUGAAUUUUUCUAUUUCUUUCAGUUUGCCACAGAAUUUACCGAGUUGUUUUAUGUGUAUCUUAAAUUUUGAUAAAAACAUUUAGUGAAUCUAGUUAUAGAGAAAAUUUGUCAUUCCAAUCAACAUAACCCGUUUGUGAAUUAUAGUAGGCUAUGCAUUAGUGAAAAAACAAUAUUUCUGUAAAGUUUAUAGCGUUCAUAGCUCUUCUCUCAAAAGAAAAUGUCGCAAAAAUUGGAGAACUACAGUUUGAUACUACAAGAUGGGACCGUUCUUCAUGGCGAAAGCGUUGAUCAGCGUGGUGAUGUAGACGGAGAAUUUUUUUUACCACAGCCAUGGUGGCUUAUCCGGAUCAGAAUCUGAAUCCGGUCUGAAUUUUAGUUGAAAUGACUAAUCCACCGAAGUUUGUGGGCAAUGGAUUGGAAGAACUGAAAGUUCCUGGACAAGCUUAUCUUCGUGAUGCACUCCCUUCUUGUACAGACCCCCUAAAAGCCAUUGAGAAUUUUCAAUUAGAAAAUGGUGAGUAAAUGUGACGCACUCUUAUAUUGUAUUAUUAAAGACUUGUGGCAGUUUUGUUAUCCUUCUGAAUCCUAAAUGAUAUAAUACAAAUCAGGACAAUAAAAUUGUAGUAAUAUAGAAUAAAA